CCAGAUAGUGAUCUUGUUACAGCCACAGCCUGAACUCCCCCACACACCAGCACCACAAGCAGUUCUACUCAGCCUCACUUAACACUCUUGAAUGUAUUUUUUCAAUUGCCCUUUUAAACUUUUUAAGCUAACUGAUUUUGUCUGAUUUACUGUAGGCUGGGUUUGAUUCGUUCGCGCCGGAAUGAAGUCUGCCCAAACGCAAAUAACUCUUCUCGCCAGUCUGCUACUUCUUUUGUCGGGACUCUCACUUGUCACCGCCUGUAAUAAAGCGCUGUGUGCGAGCGAUGUCAGCAAGUGUCUGAUUCAGGAGUUGUGUCAGUGUCGGCCAACCGAAGGCAACUGCUCGUGCUGCAAGGAGUGUAUGCUCUGUCUUGGCACACUGUGGGAGGAGUGCUGUGACUGUGUGGGCAUGUGCAACCCCAAGAACUACAGCGACACACCAGCCACUUCCAAGAGCACAGUGGAGGAGCUCUACCGACCAAUCCCAUCGCUCUUCCGGGCUCUGACUGAAGGCGAGGCACCCAUCAACAUGAUGGUGGUGUCCUUCCCUGUGGCCGAGGAGCUCUCCUACCACGAGAACCUGGUCUCCUUCCUGGAAACAAUGGAUGACCAGCACCAAAACAUCUCGCUGCCUGGAAACAGCAUCCAUGCCACUUACGAUACCAGCCAAGCCAACAACAUGUGCACCGUGGUGUAUUUCGAUGACUGCGUGUCAAUCCGCCAGUGCAAGCAGUACUGCGAGUCCAUGGGAGGAUCCAAAUACCGCUGGUUUCACAACGCCUGCUGUGAGUGCAUUGGCCCAGAGUGCCUGGACUACGGCAGCAAAACCGUCAAAUGCAUGAACUGCCUCUUCUGAUUGAUGGAAGUUACUUUGGGUGGGGCCCGUGAUCGUGUCAUGAUUGUUAGUGCCACAAGGGGGCACUUUAUUGGGACAACAGGGAUAUGGAUCAUGUCGACAGACGGAUUGCCUUGUAAAAAAUGCAGUAUGCUACAAUAUUGUGAUGGAAAAUAUUAGCCCUUAUUUUAAUGUUUCUGUUGUUUUAUUCUGUAUGAAGAACGUUCACCCUACAUUUUAUAAGUCUCUAGCAAAUAUAUAUAUGGAUUUUUUUCCCUUUAAACUUCCACAAAUGUAGAUGCUAGUCUGUCACUCUUCCAGUGUUGGUUCAUGUUAUACCAAAUAAACCAUUUUGAGAUAUA